CCUCAUCUUCUUAUCCUGUUUAGUUUCAUACCAUGCAUACAUUCACUUCUUUAUAUAUUUACUUAGUAGCUUAACUAUUUUAGUCCCAGCAGCCCUGCUAGUAAUUAGCUCUUCUAAAAAUAUAAAAACCAUGUCCAGUUCAUCGUUUACUUCGGCUACACAGACUGUCCGCUCUAACAGCAGCAGUAAUUUGAAUGAACAUGGAUGGGUAGUUCAGAUUCGUAAAACUCUUGACGAACAAUUUGAAGAAGAUAAUAAUGAAAUCCCUGUUAGUAUCUUCAGUGUUCCCACAACCCUCCUUCACACAAAUCCUGAGGCUUAUACUCCCCAACAAGUGGCAUUAGGACCGUACCAUCAUUGGCGUCAAGAGCUUUACGAGAUGGAAAGGUACAAAAUAGCAGCCGCGAGAAGGACCAUGAAGCACCUCCAAUGCUUUAAUAAUUUUCAAGAAAUUGUUGAUCAGAUUCAGGCGCUUGAGUCAACAAUUCGAGCUUCCUACCACAAGUACCUCAACGUUCAGGGUGAAACUUUAGCAUGGAUGAUGGCUAUAGAUGUGGCUUUCUUGCUUGAGUUCCUUGAAGUUUACGCGAGGAAAGAUGGUAAAUUACUUACUAGGGCUACGUCAAGAUUAACAUCAAAUCUUGUGGAUUCUGCAGGAAGGAAGUCAGCUCAUAUUGCAAUCCUUCGAGAUAUCUUAAUGCUUGAGAAUCAGAUUCCUCUGUUUUUACUAAGGAAAAUGCUGGAAUUCGAAUUGGGAUCCUUAGAUGCAGCUGAUGACAUGUUGCUUUCUAUGUUAAGGGGCUUAUCAAAAGAGCUUUAUCCAUUCAAAACACCAGAGCAAUUACCAAGAAUGCUUAUCGAAGAUUCUUCUCAUAUUCUUGAUUUCUUUUACCGCCUCCUGAUGCCCAAGGCCUUUCGGAAGUCACAAAUCACUGACCAUGAUGAAGAAUUUCAAGAGGAAGAUGAAAUAGACGAAGCAAUUGUUAUCGAUGAGGAAUCACAAAGCAGAGUGAUGGAGUUCUUUAAUGUGAUAUGGAACGCCCUGUCGAAGCUAAAUAUACAUCCGGUACGUUUUUUCAAGGCAAUAUUGUACUCUAAGCCAUUACAAUUAUUACUUAAGAUGCCAUGGAAUAUCAUCACGAAACUUCCAGUGCUCAAUAUGUUGAAAGAACCUAUUGAGCAAAUCUUUAUGCGAGAAGAUAAAGAAGAUCUCAAGCCUGAGAAUGACAGCAUUGUUCGUCCCCCAUUAAUUGAGGAACUUACAAUCCCUUCUGUCACCGUGUUAUCUAAAUCCGGAGUUCGUUUUGUCCCGACUGAUGGUGGAAUUUGCAGCACUCAUUUCGAUAUAAAAACACAUACCUUGAGCUUCCCUAGAAUAAACCUUGAUGUCAACACUCAUGUUAUCGUGAGAAACAUGGUGGCAUAUGAGUCAUGCAAUGCAGCAGGCCCUCUGGUUUUCACUCGUUUCACGGAGUUUAUGAAUGGCAUCGUAGAUACACCGGAUGAUGCAAGGUUUCUAAGAGAGAAAGGAAUCAUUUUCAACCGUCUGAAGAGUGAUGAUGAGGUGGCACAUUUUUGUAAUGGAAUGAGCAAGUCUGUAAAAUUGACAAAAGUGCCCUUCUUAGAUCAGGUGGUGGAGGAUGUGAACAAGUAUUACAAUGGGAGGUGGAAGGUUAAAGCUGAGAAAUGCAUCAGGAGUUACAUAUAUGGUUCAUGGAAGAUUCUUACGGUGCUGGCCUGUAUAAUGAUCCUAUGUUUGAUGGCUCUACAAACUUUCUGCUCUGUUUAUACUUGUCAUAGUGUAAUCAGUCAGUAUGCCAAUAGUAUUGAUGAUUCUGCUAAUCAGCCCUGAUCUUAUAGGCGGCGUUUGGUUCAUGGUCAAUGAGCCCAGUUAACAGGAAUCGGAACCUCACACCCAUGUGUUGGUAUUUGGAUUAGCCAUUUUGUAGUAUGAAAUGGGAACCCCAUUCCACUUGAUGGGUAAAUCAUUUCUUCCACACCUCUUGAGAUACUCAUUUUCGUACCCCUCAUUCUGAUUCAUGACUUACAUUCUCAUUUACCAUCCAAACGCCCCAAUAGUUUACUGGCACAAUUACUAUCUAGUUUCUAUAAUAACUUAUUUGUAAUAAUAUAAUAUGGUUUAGGGUC